AUGAGAUGAUGAGCACCAUUCAGGAGCAGACAAAGAUGAACACUGAGAUGCAGAAAGAGCUGGACGUGGCUUUGUCCAAGCGUGUGAAGAAAGAAGAGAGAGCUGAUGAGCUUUUAAAUCAAAUCUCAUUGUUGGAGAGAAGUAUGGUCAGGCUGAAGGCGUCACAAGAGAAACACGCAGAACAGAUCAAGGGCAAGGCUGAAAAAUCAGACGAGCUCACGGAGCAGAGAAAGCUCCGUGAGAAAGAGCUAGAAGAGCUGAGAGAGGCACUGAAGCUGCAGCUGCUCAGCCUUCAGGAGAACAUCGGGACGGUGGAACGAGAGAUAGAAGAGGAGCAGAAGGAGAAUGGCGUUCGUCUCGAGGCUCUCUCGAAGCUUUCAUCUAUUUUCAGAGCUCAGAGGCAGAAGGAAGACGACGCUCUGGCGGAUCAGCGCGGCCUGAACAGAGAACUGGAGAAAUCGAAGCGGAGGCUGGAUGAGCGCUUUGCCUCCAUCGCCAAAUAUAAACUAGAAACCAAAGCGAUGGAGGAGGAGAUGAAAGAGCUUCAGGAGGCCAACAAGGUCAGUGUGGAGAUGUUUCAGAAGAAGCUUCUGGAGCUCGAGGGGCAGCUGACCAGAGAGAAGCAGAGCAGGGCAGAACUCAAGGCGGAGAGAGAAGAACUCUGUGUGAGAAUCGAAACUCUGAAAGAUCAUCACGAGGACAGUGUGAGGAAACUCCGCUCUGCCAGCGCACUACACAAGACGAGAUACAGCACACUAACUGAAGAGAAAAUAAAACUGCAGGAACAUGAAGGCCUGAGCUGUGUGAUGGAGGAGCUAACACAGCGCAUCUCCAGAGCGGAGGCGGAGCACAAACAGACGCAAAUCAGCUCCAACAACCAAAUACAGAGGAUCAGCAUGGAGGCGGAGUCAAUCACUCAAGCUCGACUGGAGGAAGAAAAGGAGCUGAAGGAUCAGGAGUCGAUGCUGUCGAAGGUCGAGGCUCAGUUUGACGUUCUUCAUUCUCAACAUCAAGCCCUCAAACAACAAACAACUGAGCUGAAGGCCAGAAGAUCUCACCUGGAGUUUUCCAUACAGCAGGUGACAGAGCGAGCCGCGGCGGCGCUCCAGGUGAAGGAAGAUCUGAAGAAGGAGCUGCAGACCCUGCGAGAGGAGCACAUGGAGCUGGUGCGCUCACACGCUGAGCAGAUCGACACCACCGAGAGGAGCGUUUAUGAGAACGGACUGAUGCUGGAACAAGUGAAGAUGGAAAACAGUCGCCUUCAUCUGUGUAUUGAAGGAAUGAAGGAGGACAUUGUUAAUGCGAGGAGAGAGAAGGAGAAGAACACGCAGGAAACGAACUGGAUGAAAGAGGAAGUGCGGUCCAUUUAUGGUGAGUUUCCUUCCAUGUUAUACUGGAGUAACAUCUGUGUUUAUUCAGCGUCUCCGUUUUUACUCUCUAACACAUUCCUCAACGCUGUCUCACAUGCUAACAAUCUGCAGGAGGUUUACUGGAAGCCUGGAGCAAAGAUCAACUGGCCACAGAGGAAUCUUCAGAAAAAGACCAGAAGCUGUUGGAAGCAAUGCAGAUGUUCAUGCUGCAGGUCCAGGAGAGGAAGCAGAGCGUCAGAGACAUCAACAGCAGGCUCGAGUCAGAGCUGAAGGCCAUGAGCAGGCUGCUAGAAAUCACUAAACCUCAACAGAAACAUCUGUAAAGGAGAUUGAGCAGGUUUCAUAAGAAUAGUACCGUCUUCAUAACAUCUGGACUCAUCUCACCAGCAGCAGAGAGCUCGAGAAACCACUUGUUUUCUCCUCUCUGUAACACCACAUACUGCGACUCUCCUUUAACUUCAAGAGAAUAAACAAAAACAGCUGAAAGUAAUUUACUUCAUGGACUUUUCAUAAUUAUAACUGGAUAAAAGUGAAGGAAGGAAGGAAGGAAGGAAUUUACUUCAUGAAUUUCCAGGACUAGAACUGGAUAAACCUUGUCAGAUUGCUGUGGUGUAAAAGAAAUGAAACAUUUCAGUCUUUAUAUUUAUUUAUAAAAUAUGAGAAAAGCUGAGAGUCGUAUCUCAGGAACGAGGUGAAAACUCACGCAGUGUCAGAAUUCUUUUUUAUCCGUUUAUAUUGCACCUGUGACUCUGUACAUUUCUUCAUAGAUUUCUUAUCAAACAGUAAAACCCUGAACAGAUCCAUUUACAUGCAGAGACAUUACACACACACACACACACACACACACACACACAGUAUAUACACAUGCUAAUAAAAAUGUCUAGCUAUACAGACACAGACAGAGACGUCUCUCACGUGUACAUCAGGUGAUCUCUGUUAUUUUCCCGCGAACACGUUUAGAAUCCUCACGUCACGCAUGUGACAGUUUGGCACAGAGAAGUUCGCAAGAAGAGACAAAUAACAGGAGAAAUAAUGAGCGUACAUUCACAGACCAGCUGCAAUAAACACCACAGAGAGGAACACACACACACACACAAUCAGUACAACUGUACAAAUUUACAAAGUGGGAAAGAAAAUGUACCAUUCAGUACUAAUUUACAGCUCAGAGGCAGAGCGGUGAGGAUGUUCAGCGUCUCUACACAGAGGGAAAAGAAAAAACAAGGCGGAUUCCAGAGUCGUUUAUAAAA